AUAUUGUUUAAUCUUAACACAAAAUUCACUAGCAACUAUAUUAUAUUUACACAUUGUUUCUAUGACUACUCCCUUAUAGUACAUUUGAUUUUAAAAGUCAAUCAGAAAAAAGAAAAAACAGCAAAACAAAAAGUCAUUUUAUUUUACUUAUCAAUAAAGUUCAUCAACAUUUACUCUUUUUUUUUUACCUGUACAUUCCAUUUUAAUGUUAUUUUAAUAAUACAAAACAAAACAAACCAAAACAAACUAAAACACAAAUUUAUAUUCAUUCAAUCAAUGUUUAUGAAAGAAGUUUUAUUUCAUUGUUUCAUUAAUAAAUUUAAACAAAUUCAACAAUAUUCAAUGUUUCUAUAUCUAUAUCUAUUUGUGCUCAUUAUUCAAUUUUAUAUCUCUAAUAUAAAUGGACAAAAUAUAUUAAAAUAUGAACCAACUAUUAAAUGGAAAACUAAUAAACAAUUAAUCAAUAAUAAUGAUAAUAAUGAAUAUUAUGCAACAGAAAUUGUGAAAAAAUCAAAAAUCAUUCAAUUACCAAUGGAACAAAAUAUUCUAGAAAAUUCUAAAACAUUUGAUUGGUUUAAAAAGAGAUCAAUGAAAAAAAUAUAUAAAACAAAUCAUAAUAAUAAUAAAGAAAUAGGGAAUAUAAAUAUCACGCAAACAAUAAAGCUUGAACGGAAUAACAAUAAUAAUGUUAUUAAUCAUAAAUUAGACCAUCAGAGUUCAGAACAAAGAUUACGGAAUGUAAGUUAUCAGAAUAGAAGUGUUUCGCAUUUGCACAUUAAUACUGAUACUACAAAUGAUCCAUCUAUAUUUAUUAAUGUCAGUAAACUACUUGAACGAGAAAAACGUCAUGUUCCUUCAGUGGCACAUUAUAUUCUUUCACCGUUAGUAGCGAAUCGAAAGAAAGAUCCUUAUAAUUAUGUCUCAUUGACAUCGUCAUCAUCUUCAACAUCAUCCUUACCAUUAACUUAUGGAUCACAGAAUUCACGAAAAGAAAAGUCAACUAAAUUUGGAACAUCAGUAAGACCUAGAAAGCUGACAAGUCAAUCAUUUAUCGCAUACAAUGUUGAAAAUGAUAUUUUUAACUUUGUAUUUCAAUUUGUACGAUAUAAUCGAACUUCAGUAGAUUUGAUUACGGCAUUCAAUUUGAUACGUGAAUGGGAACGUUUCAAAUUAGUACAACAAGUACAAAUUCAAAGAGAGCAAAAAUUAAAAAUGUUACGUCAUAAACAAGAGCAUAGACGUCUUGAUGAAUAUCAUCGUUAUCUACGGCAUUUUUCAACGAUGCUUACCAAUGAAAAAGCGAAACAAUUUAAAAAAGCACAAAAUUUUUAUGACUUCAAAAAAAUUAUCAUUGGUACUAAAGGUGUUAAAACAGAUUUAAAAAGUAAUAGUAUUAAUAAUAAAGGGGAAUAUAAUGAAAAGACAAUAGAACGACAAAAAAUUCAAGAAUCAUUAUCAUCUUCAAAUUUAAAUGAUAUACAAUUUUCUGGUGGAAUUGGUGGAGGAAUAUUUGCGGAUAGUUUACGACUACGAAAGAUAAGUAAUCGUGAAGGUCGUGCAAUUGUACCUGAAAGUAGUAAUAAUAAUAAACAAAGUCCAUUGAAAAUAAAUUUAGCAACAGAAUUUUCACAUAUUUUGAGUAAAACUAAUGAACAAUUAUCAAAAGAUUUACAAUCUGAUGAAGUGAAAAUCGAUUCUGGGGGAUAUCCCAAUGAAGAGUUAUAUUCAGAAGAUGAAUUAAGACGAGCUUUUGAAAAUUAUCAAGAAUUCAAAAUGAUAUCUUGUCAACCACAGAAUCGAACAUUAUGUACAGAAGCACUUCUUCGUCUUAAUCAUGAUCACCAGCAACAACACCAAGAACCAAAUCAUGACCAUCAUCAUCAUCAUACAGCUCUUAUCAUACCACGUGGUAUACACAUUCAAAGAUGUGGUCAACAAGAAAUUUCACGUUGUAAUCAUUAUACAAAUUCAUUUUCAAAUUAUGAUGAAGAAUAUGAUUAUGAGCGAUCAGAAUUCACACCGCUUUCAUCAUCAUCUAAUAGUCAUGUAAAUUAUGAUGACCAAUAUUUAGAUAUAUUAAAUGAUCGAAAUCAGUAUACAUCUUGUAAUUGUGAAACACUUGAAGAAGAAUGUUUACCUAUAAAGGUUUCAUUAAAAACAUUUGCAGUUGCUGUGAUGCAAAUUGUACCGUUUGGAAAUUUCACUCAUUCAACCGAACUGAUUGCAUUAACAAAUCAUUUACAGUGUGGAUGUCAACCACGCUGCAGUAAUCGACUAUGUAUUGCUCCACUGAAAUUUAUUAUGCACACAUUUUCAGAUUGUGCAUGUGUAUGUCAACCGAAUGAUAAACGAUGUUUUGAAUUGUUGGAAGGGAAACGUCAAUUCACAGCUGAAGAAAUCCCAUUACCACUGAAUGGUUCUUACAUCUUACCACCUUGUCGUUAUGGUGUAAUGGAUGAUUUACACUUAUAUCAUAGACAUUGCCCCGGACCAACUAGAAAUACGCUUCCAAUUAAAUAAUUUGAUAACAUAAAAUGAAACUAAGGGGAAACUUAGUUCUCUCACCUACCACUAGCCAGGUGUCAAAUAGUUUAACAAUUAUAUAUGGUUUUUAGUAAAUAAACCACGGAAAUGGAGUAUAACUAGGCAAAAUCGUGCAAUCUAUCAUAUUCUUUUUCAGUUGUCUUCUGUAUUUUCAUUGAUCUUACAGUUACCACUCUGAUUUAUACAUGCAUACAUACAUACAAAUUAGACAUCAAUACAAACAUACGAUAUCCGUCAUUGUCUCUAUUGUAAAUCGAAAACUUUGCUUAACCAUAAAAAUCUCAAUCACUUUUUAAAUGUAUAUAGUAUCAAUUAUCUAUAUUCUAUUGAAUGAAUUUCUGAUAACUAAAUUUAUUUCUAGUAUACUCUCGUUGGGACUAUCCGCGAUAUGAAAGAUAAAGAGUUAUUUAUACUGUCUUAUCUGUGUAAUCGUUAUAAAACUCAUGAUAUGAAAAUGAAGUUGUAGAAUGUGACUAGUUCAAUGGGUUGUCUUAACAAUACUAGGUUCAUUAUAUUUUAUUACUUAGUAUCAAUUAGAUAUUUGGAACUGAAGUCAACGAAAUCUACUUAUUCACUAAGUUAUAUAAUAAACUGGAAACAUUGUAAGAAUAUGAUAUAUACUUAUAUACAAAAAUAAUAUUUACAGUUAUAACCAACAAAAGUUGUUGAAAUGGAUAUGACAUAUACAUUAGUAAGAUGCAGUGUGUUAUCGUUUGAGAAUAGCAAUGAUGUAGUAUAGCAUAAUGAACACAAAAAAAGAAGAAAAUACUGUCAUUUAAUGUCUUGUUUGGCUAACAAUGAUAAUAAUGUACAAAAUUGUUAAUGACCACCC